AUGUCUGAGUGUCAUGCUGCUCUCAUACAGGACAGUGUGGUGGUGGUAGUGGCGGCAGUACGGCCCUUAUAAUUAAGCUUUGCAAGUGUCAUGUUUUCUGGAUCAACGUGAAUUCAGCAAAUCUAAUGAAAAACAUAUUCCAUAUCUGAGUUACGAAUUCCUAAAAUAUCAAGAUGGGUUCAACCACUGCACCUGUGACCUCCACCGUCCCUUCCAAGUACAAUGGCUCUAAUGAAACAACCUGUGACACCCUAUAUGCCCACCGGCACUACGCCAGGGUCCUCAUGCCUCUUUUCUACUGCAUCGUGUUCAUUGUGGGGCUGUUUGGUAACUGCCUCGCCCUCCAUGUCAUCCGUCCCAAUCUGAAGAAAAUGAACUCCACCACUUUGUACUCUCUCAACCUAGUCAUCUCCGACAUCCUCUUCACCCUCUCUCUGCCAGCAAGGAUUAUCUACUAUGCUCUGGGCUUCCACUGGCCUCUGGGCGAAGUGCCGUGCAAGAUCUCGGGCCUCAUCUUCUACAUCAACACCUACGCCGGGGUUAAUUUCAUGACCUGCCUGAGUGUAGACCGUUUCAUCGCCGUCGUGCUGCCUCUGCGCUUUGCCAGACUCAGGAAGGUCAAUAAUGUGCGCUACAUUUGUGUUGGUGUGUGGCUGAUGGUCUUGACGCAGACACUCCCCCUUCUGGGCAUGCCUAUGACCAACAAGGAGCCUGACGGCUUCAUCACCUGUAUGGAAUACCCCAACUUUGAGCAGGUUGAACAUAUUGCCACGAUACUGAUAGGUGGUGUCUUCAUUGGUUAUGUCAUGCCUGUGGUCACCAUCCUUGUGUGUUACUCUGUCCUAUGCUCCAAACUCCAUUUCACAGCCAAGACCAACCAUUUGACAGAAAAAUCUGGGCGUAGCCGCAAGGCCAUUGGCGUGAUCUGCUGCGUAUCCCUGGUGUUUAUCGUCUGUUUCAGCCCCUACCACAUUGAUAUCCUACAGUACAUGAUCCGCAAGCUGGUGUCAAGUCCUGAUUGCGCCGAUCUCACAGCCUUUCAGGUGUCGCUGCACAUUACUGUGUGUCUGAUGAACCUCAAUUCCUCUUUGGAUCCUUUUAUCUACUUUUUUGCCUGUAAGGGCUACAAGAGGAAACUCCGCAAGUUGCUAAGGCUAAAGGUGAGCAUGUCCUUCUCCAGCGCGGUGAGGACGUCACCUGAAGGCUCCUCCAAGGACAUAAUUGAUGGCAACAAGAUCCAACUCAACAGUUCGACUGUAGGUACAACCAGUGAAAGGAGAUUUCUCCGGGAUGAGUGAUUUAGAGAACUGAGGCACCAAGAUUUACACCAAAGGAGAGGACCUUUUACGUGUGGACCUAUUUUAUUCAAAACCAUUCAAAUAGUGUCACGAACAUUUUUUUCUGGACAUUGAAAUGGACUCACUUAUGCCAUCAGAAACUCCAAGAAACUACCCAGCAUCUGGAUCCAUAGAAAUCAAGCUAUCUUUAAAGUAAAGAUUUGUUUAAAUAAGGAAAAGUUUUUUCAGAACAUCACCUGAACGACUGCAUUUUUUUCUUAUUAGUGAAUUUCUCCAGAAAGCAAAGAUUACAGCAGCUUAGGCAAGUACUCUGUCCAAAAGCAUGCUUGCCUCCUUCCCAAAGACUGAGCACUGAUGAGGAAGAGCAUGAAGCAGAACCUGUUGGGAAUGUACAGCUCUGUUGACUUAAAAUCGGACCCACAUUCACAUUUCUGUGGAAUAUAAAAGCACUGAAAGCUUAGCUCAUGUACACAAUGCAACCAGACAACGACCUCACAUUUUGAUCCUCACAAUGUUACUUAAUUACUAAACUGAGAUAAGGUAGAAGUAGAAUUUCAUUCCACAAUGAAGUCAGACUCAGGUCUUUUGCCUCAAGUUUCAGCCUAACACAGUUGUAAUGUCUCAGGAAAUUGUAAACUCAGUAUUUCAACCACCUGUGAACUGAUAUAACAUUGAUUUAACUGGUUGAAAAAGCACCAUGUUUGUUUUAAAAUCAAUUUUCUUGUACUGAAAGAGGGUGUGGCCUAUGAUGUAAUUUUAAUUAAAGGGGCCCUGUAGAGAUUUCUUAUAAACAUACAGAAGUUAUGUUUACAUUCGUGUUAUAAUGCAAUGUGUGUAUCUUUGA